GAUUCCGAUCGUCGUUGGACACUGGUUGGUUGUGCCCGUUUGUUCGUGAGUGUAACUGCCGCGCGUUUGCUUCAUUUCGGUGCGUAAACACGGAAUGCUACAGUCUGUAAAAACUCACCAAAAAGGUAAUUAGUGCAGAUUAGUUCAGUUUGAGGUGCUGUGUGUUUUCCCACGUGAUAGAAAGUACGUGCCUCCUCUCUUAAACACAUAAUUACCACAACAGGCUACAAACACACGUGUGUGUGCUCCCAGUUGUAUCUCGUGUGUGUUAACAAUUACGACUAAUAAUGUUAUUAUUAUUGCCGCCAGCUCCUUCAAGUGCAUGACAUUGAUGCUACAUCUUUCAGCCUCAGCAAACGUGCCCUGUUUGCGCGGGGCUUGGGGCGGUGCAGUAGUGCAUCCGAUUGAUGUGUGUGUGUGCCUACGUGUUAAACAUGUCUGGUCUGUAGUAGGAAGCAGCGGACGUGCGAGUGCAGCAGUGUUGCAACGGCAGUUAAAAACAUCCGUGUGUAAAAGUGCAAUUAACAGCGACCAGGAAAGGAGUACAGGAAAAAAAAAAAUCGACAACGGGCCCUGCCUGCCCAAACUCCUCUCCUCAAUCCCGCGUGGCUCUCGAUCACUAGUGUUUUUGUGCUUUUGGUUUGAUUCAUCUGCUUAGUGUAUGUGCGCGCGCGUUUGCCUGGUGUGCCUUUCCUCCCGUUCCAUUCGAAAGAGGGAAGAGGAGGCAGGCUGCUAGUGGGACGGUGUGCCUUCGAUGAUGCCCGCAGGGGAAAGAAACGAAACAAACGAAAAAAAUAGCGAGUAAUAGAGUCAUUCGCCAAGUAGUAGGUCUGUUGCGCGCGGUAUCUUAGGCCACAUCGGCCGGCAGUGUUUAGUGUCCGGCCAUGCCCCAACACUUUGGGCUCGGAGGGUGAAGGCAAGGCAAAGCGUCAAGUUCAUCGUGUAGUGCAAAGGCAGUAUAUAGUGCAAGUCCGGGAUAGUGUUGGAUCGCUAAGGUGAGAAGCUGCUGUUAGGGCAUGCAAAUCGUAAUAUACCCAAAGAAACAAACACGUGUACUAGUCGGGAAAUCUGGUGCACCAGCAGAGUGUGUGUUGCAUUUGCUCGACUAAACAGCAGAGCGUGGAGCGUUGUGUAGUGCACAAUUUCACCUAAAUUGCUCAUUAGCCACCCCAUCCGAGGGCUGUAAAGGGAAGUCGUGUUUAACGAGAUGCAAGUGGUGAGGCACGUGUUGUGUUGUUAAUUCUGGCCUUGCGCUGUAUAUUGAAUCAUGCGAAGUGUGGUUAUACUGUGUACGAUGCACCAGUGCUGAGCGAUGGCGUUUUAAGGUGAUAACGAAGGUUGCUACAAUUCCCCGCUCACAAAAAGAGAGGAAACAAGAAGAACAACAUGGUGACGACGAUUAAAAUUACCGGCGACGGUGUGUUCAUCCAGUCGAACGGUGGCGUUGGGGCUGGCGGUGCAGGAGGCAGUGCGAGACUGCAGCAACAGGAACGACAAGAGCUGCUGACGGGUGAGAACACCCUUGGAAGCACCGCGCUCGGAGAGGCCAAUUUGCCAUCUGCCGAGGGUACGGUGCGCAACGGAUCGCUGGACCUGGUGGACAGUGGUGCCGGUGGCAAUGAUACAAACAACAAUCACAAGGGCUAUCGUAACUUCAACCACCGCCGGUACCAGUCGGACGAGGGACCCGGUUUCAUCGGGAUGCGCAAUGGCAAGCCGCCGGAGCGGGCCGACGGCGCGUCCCCAGGGUCGUCCGAGGUGGUAUCGGGCGAAAGUGAUGACACGCUCGGCGAGCCUGAUCCGAGUCGUAAGCGGGACAAGUUUACGAUUUCAUUCCUAAACACGCACCGCUCGAGCGGCGGUGGGCUGCUGCCGAACGGCGGUGGCAAGAGCAUGCUCAACCACAAGUUCAUCGUGUACAACAGCAAGAAGCCAAAGACAUCGUCGGUGCUGCACCAGCAGUACUACCAGCAGAGCAUUGCCGCCGCCGCUGCCAAUGGGGAACUUGGUAGCAGUGGGAGCGGUUCACCGCCCCUGCCCUACCCGAGCCACUACCAGCAGUACCUGUACAAUCGGCUGCGUCCGUCCUUGUCGACCUCGGUGCUAAGCUCACCGUCACUGAUCACGGCUGCUGCGAUCCCGAGUUGUUCGCCUCCGGAUCGAGAUCGCUUGGAGCAGCAGCAGCAGCAGCAGCAGCAUCAGCUCUAUCAGAACAGUCUCUUCCAUCAGCAACACCGUUCGCUGCUGGGUACGCCACCGGCUGCCGUACCUGGUUGGGCCAAGUCCACUUCCUGUCUGGUGUCGAGCAGUGCGGCCGCUGCUUCCUCCUACAGAACCGUCACCGCAUCGCCGCUACUAUUACUUCCCGCGCAACCAGCCCGAAGUGCACCGCAGCCGUACCCGUCCGCUGGUGGUACCGCGCCACGCCCUGUACCGGCCUCUUCCUCCAACUCGUCACUGUCCUCCUCGCCGUCAUCUUUCUCAGCUGGUUCGCCGCCAUCGUCCGGUGCUAAUUCAUCGUCAAACACUCCUCCGCCGCCCGUGGUGCCGAGUGAGGUGACCGCCACAUCUGCUAAUGCAGUCACGGCGACCUCGACAACGACCUGCAGUUCCCCAACGACGCCAACGACAACGUCACCCGACGCGUCGAACUCACCAACACCGGUACCACCGACGGGUACGGUAGCGCCAUCUACACCAACGCACCCAUCGUCGCCUUCUUCUUCGACAUCAAAUCUUGAUGUCGAUGUGAGCGGUGUACCACGGUUCGAUCGCAGCACCAAACCAGCAUCUUCCGUCAUCGGCAGCGACCAGUACCAGAAGCGGUUUCACCAUCAACAGCAGCAGCCACAGCAGCGAUCUUUCGAUCUUCCACACUCGGAGUCAGUGUGUGACCACCGGCAGCAGGAAGAGGCAGAGGACAGUUCGCUAGUUGCGCGCCGCAACUCCACCGGAAGCAGCGUGGCGCUGAACGGAAUGAACAGUCACACGGCAGCGAUCAACCUGCAGCAUCCGGGCACGGGACAGACGGCUGUGGUGGGCCACCAUCGGGGCUUCUCGUCGACGGUCGUAGCAGCCGCGAAUUCGGCCGCCGCUUCCGCCUCCGCCACCGACUGUCCAUGGUUUUUGCCGCACCAGAUGCCUCCACCACCGACGGCUCCGGCCCGCCAGCACAAGCGGCCCGCACCGCAACCCGGCGGUGCCACUGUCGUCGGCGGCGGAGGAGGUGGAGGAGGGGGCGGUCCCGGCAAUCACAUGCAGCCGCCGCAGUUUAUUAGCCCACCUCCAGCACCGCAGCAACAGCAGCAGCAGCAGCAGCACCAACAGCAACAUAGUCAGCAGUCAGCAAUAGUGCCGCCACCACAAUUACCUCCACACAGUGUUAACCCGAGUCUCAGUUCCAUCCAUCAUCCGGUGCAGCAGCUGGUUGCGCCACAGUCAGCACAGCAGCAGCCCCAUCAGCCGCCGAUACCGCCGCAUCCCGCGGUACAACACCACAUACCAAAAUCACCGAACCAGCAUCAUCCACCUCAGCCGGCGUCAGCGGUGCUACAGCACAACCCUCAGGCAGCGUCAGCAGUCGGUGGCGGCGUGCUGACCAACAACAGCCACCACACCACGGGCCCACCGUCCACCGGUGCAGGGGGACCACCAGUAGCGCCUGUGACCGGUAGUGCUGCCGCCAAUAUGAUGUCAACAUCCAUGAACAGUGCGCAGCUACAGGGACACAUACUGCAGCCGGUCGGAGGGCUCACCGGUUCGGCACUUUCCAUCCACCAGCAGCAGCAGCAGCAGCAGCAACAGUCAGCAAUGGUGCAAGGAAACCAGCCGGUGCAUCACAUGUCCAACUCGCUGCACGGUCCAAUCGGUUUACCAACGGUCGUAGUACCGCCUGCCGGGCACGACGGUAGCAAUGGAGUGGGCGGUCCGGCUCCCGGCUGGAACUGCGUGCCGGUCGGACUUUCCUCACCAACGACCUCGGCAGCCGCUGCCGCCCAACGGAGAGCGGAAGUGAACGCGAAACUCAACGCUAUGCCCUGGUUUCAUGGACGAAUAAAGCGGGAAGAGGCAGAAUCGUUGCUGAAACCGCGAGAAGAUGGAUUGUUUUUGGUGCGCGAGUCCACCAACUUCCCGGGCGACUACACGCUGUGCGUAUGCUUUAACGAGAAGGUUGAACACUAUCGCAUCAAAUACGUGGACAACAAGCUCACCAUCGAUGACGACGAAUACUUCGAUCAUCUCGGACAGCUGGUGGAGCACUACACACUCGACUCGGACGGUUUGUGCACAAAGCUGAUGAAAGCUCUGCCCAAGGAAGAAUUCUGCGUAAAGGACUUCCAGGACAAUGGCUGGGAGAUCAAGAUGGAGGAUCUGCAGCUGAAGGAAAACAUCGGCAAGGGUGAAUUCGGGGACGUAAUGCUGGGCAUAAUGAAGGGCGAGAAGGUCGCAGUGAAGGUGCUGAAGGAUGCUGGCCGCGCGUCAAACAAAUUCCUUGCCGAAGCUGGCGUAAUGACUACAUUGGAGCAUGAAAAUCUCGUCAAGUUUAUUGGUCUUGUAUUUCACGACAAGUACAUCUAUCUCGUAACGGAGUACAUGAGCAAAGGAUCGCUGGUCGACUAUCUGCGGUCACGUGGUCGGCAACACAUAAGCCGGAAGGAUCAGAUCAACUUUGCCUACGACACCUGCUGCGGCAUGGAGUAUUUAGAGACCAAAAAAGUGAUCCAUCGAGAUCUGGCUGCCCGCAACGUGCUCAUUUCCGAGGAUUGUGUCGCGAAGGUGUCCGAUUUUGGAUUGGCGCGCGACGAGCGUUAUACUGGUGAUAGCAGCAAGCUUCCGAUUAAGUGGACGGCUCCGGAAGCGUUAAAAGAAGGCAAAUUCUCCAACAAAACGGACAUGUGGAGUUUUGGAAUUCUACUAUGGGAAAUCUAUUCAUUUGGCCGCGUACCAUACCCGAGAAUUCCUUUGGCCGAUGUGGUGAAACACGUUGGCAGUGGUUACAAAAUGGAAGCCCCCGAAGGUUGCCCACCGGAGAUCUAUGAAAUGAUGCGUCAAGCGUGGGAUCUGGUGCCCGAAAAGCGUCCAACCUUUGCCGAGCUGAAGCGACGGCUGUACAACUGUAAGCGUGAAACGGCCAACACGUACGUGACGUAGAGCGUGCGGCCCGAUGCAGCGAUCCAGCUGGGAUGAAAGAAAAAAACUUAACGCGCAAAGGACGAAGACAAAGAGUCAUCGGUAUAACCGAAGAAAGGAAGGAAAAGGGCAUCCGUAAAGAUAAGAACGAAUCUAAUUGUAAAAAAGCAGACAAACAAAAGCUAAUAGAAGAUUUCUUUCACAUCAUCUUGAGAGAAUUGUGCGCGCGAUUGGAAGAUGUCACGUGUGCAUUGUCCAUCGUCUGUGCAAACGAUGAGUUUUUUGUGUGCCAAUCUUGGCUUUGGUGUAGAAGCUGGAAGAAUAUUUCAGCUUAUGCAUGGUUAGUGUUAACACUUUCCUCAGUGGAAUGCAUUUUUCUUCCAUGGUGUGUGGUACUGCAUGAGAAUGUAGCGUUCGAAACACAAACGGCGUGUACCUAGCGUACGUGUUGCGGUCCUAACGCAGCUUGGCAUGCGCUUUAAUCCUUUAUGGAACAAUUGAAAUGGUGAUGUUUUGAAGCACAUCGCUAUGCUGUGUCCUAUUUUGCCGGUUCUGUGUCGUGCUGUGUCCGCGCUGUGCGUGUGUGUGUUGUCCGUGGUAUAGGCUGCCGCAUACCAAGGUUCAGAGAGCUGCAUGGAUAUUUAUUAGUUGUGAUUUUAAUGUUUACUACCCUCCAAAACUCCUCAUCAGAGCGACGGUAACUGUUCUUUUAAAGAAUGAAAAUGAAGGUAUGGGGGAAAAGACGCAGUAUCAAUGAUGAAAUGUGUCGAUUUGGGCGACUGUGCGUACGUGCAGUGCAGGGGACAGCAAACAAUAAUUUAUCGAUAUGAUAUUCAUAUUUGUAAUUUAUUUUCAUCCAUAACUGUACUUGAUUGUACCAACUAAUACUGCAAACGCGCGUACGUUUGAUCAUUGAUUCUGCGUUCCUUUGGUAUGCGGACACUUUACACCACUCUCCUCCCGGGAGCAGAUACUCCAGACAACUGAUCCCCGAAAAGAGUUGUAAAUCACAAUUACACGCGUAAAGUACGACCAGUUAUGGUGUUUUUUUUUUAAAUCACAACACACAGGCACAACACGGAACGAGAUAUCCUGCUACGAGUUAAAUGAUAUAAAUCAAUUGCAAGCAUUGUGGCGGGGCAGUUGUGUAGGGAAUGAGAGGG